GUGGGUCGGCCGGCGCGCGGGGGGCGGGCAGGGGCGGCGCUGCGGCGCCCCGGCUCGGCUGGGCUCGGCUCGGCUGGGCUGGGCUCGGCGCGGCGCGGAGCAGCGGAGCGGCCGCGAUGGGCGCCUCGGCGGCGGAGCGGCGGCGGCGGCGGCGGCGGGGGGAGCUGCUGCGGGGGCAGCUGGGCGCCCUGGCCGCCCUGGCCCUGCUCCUGGCCGGCUGCGCGGCCGGCCGCGGCGGUUAUGAUGCCCUGAGUUAUCCUGAGGAAAGUAAUGACAAAUGGAGUGGGAGACAGCUACUGCAAGCAAAUGAAGGGAACACGACUGACAUCCCAGAGGAUGGGGGACAGCCAUACGUCAGAAAUUGCACUGAACCAGCUCUCCAUGAAUUCCCCAAUGACAUCUUCACGAACGAGGACAGGAGACACGGAGCUGUGGUCCUGCACGUCCUGUGUGCUGUGUAUAUGUUUUAUGCUUUGGCAAUUGUCUGCGAUGAUUUCUUUGUCCCUUCGCUGGAAAAGAUUUGCGAACGCUUGCAUCUUAGCGAAGAUGUGGCUGGGGCAACUUUCAUGGCAGCGGGAAGCUCUGCUCCUGAGUUGUUUACAUCUGUCAUAGGUGUUUUUAUCACAAAAGGAGACGUAGGUGUUGGAACCAUCGUAGGCUCUGCUGUAUUUAACAUUCUCUGUAUUAUUGGCGUGUGUGGGCUUUUUGCAGGACAGGUCGUUGCACUGUCAUCAUGGAGUCUCUUGAGAGAUUCAAUCUACUAUACACUGUCUGUUGUUGCACUCAUUGUGUUUAUUUAUGAUGAAAAAGUUUCCUGGUGGGAGUCCUUAGUCUUAGUGCUGAUGUAUGUCAUCUACAUCAUUAUCAUGAAGUACAACUCAACCAUACAUCACUGCUUUGAAAGGAAGACAAAAAACUCUGCAAAUAUGGUGAACGGUUUAGCAAAUAACACAGAAAUGGAUGAUAACAGCAACUGCGAUGCCACAGUGGUAUUACUAAAGAAAGGAAAUUUCCACCGUAAAGCCUCAGUGAUCAUGGUGGAUGAGCUGCUGUCUGCCUACCCACAUCAGCUUUCUUUUUCCGAGGCUGGGCUCCGGAUCAUGAUAACCAGCCACUUCCCUCCCAAAACACGUCUCUCCAUGGCCAGCCGCAUGUUAAUCAAUGAGAGACAAAGGCUGAUCAACAGCAGGACUUACACCAAUGGUGAGUCAGAAGUAGCGAUUAAAAUACCGAUCAAGCACGUGGUUGAGAAUGGAACAGGCCCCGGCAACUCUGCCGAGCGGGGUCUGAACAGCACACGGCGGGAUGAAGAUAUGGCCGAGGCUGGGAACGAGACAGAGAAUGAGAAUGAGGAUAAUGAGAACAACGAAAAUGAUGAGGAAGAGGAAGAAGAUGAUGACGAUGAUGACCAUGAAGGGCCAUACACGCCUUUUGACCUACCCACUGGCAAGACAGAAAUCUUGAAGUGGCUCUUCACGUGGCCACUGAGUUUUGUCCUGUACUUCACAGUGCCCAACUGUAACAAACCCCACUUGGAAAAAUGGUUCAUGGUUACUUUUGCUUCUUCUACCCUCUGGAUUGCAGCUUUCUCCUACAUGAUGGUGUGGAUGGUGACAAUCAUUGGCUACACACUGGGAAUUCCAGAUGUGAUCAUGGGCAUCACUUUCUUGGCAGCUGGAACCAGUGUGCCAGACUGCAUGGCAAGCCUUAUCGUAGCAAGGCAAGGUAUGGGGGACAUGGCUGUGUCCAACUCCAUCGGAAGCAAUGUUUUUGAUAUUUUAAUUGGCCUAGGCCUCCCAUGGGCUUUGCAGACCCUAGCAGUGAAUUAUGGAUCAUACAUUCGGUUAAACAGCAGAGGACUUAUCUAUUCUGUUGGUCUCCUGCUGGCAUCUGUUUUUGUCACAGUUUUUGGCGUCCACAUGAACAAAUGGAAACUGGAUAAGAAGCUAGGGUGCGUGUGCCUUUCCCUUUACGGCAUCUUCCUAUGUUUCUCCAUCAUGACAGAAUUCAAUGUUUUCACUUUUGUGAACUUGCCAAUGUGCAGAGAUCACUAAUGCAGGUGGCAGACUGUCGGGAGGAACUUCCUUCUUACCUGUGCAAUACAAGCCACGGCUGGCAUCUCCUGAAUGCGGUGCGCCUCCAAGUCGUGACGUAUAUCCUGUUCACUGUUCAUAGGACCCGUGGCCCCAUCUAGGUGUGCCCUCUCCCUGAUCCCCCACAACCUGGAAAAAUCCUGCAUUGAUGUGAAGAUUAUUUUUUUCAACAUUCUUGUGAUUUCCUAGCUCAGUUUUUGAACAGUGUGACUGGGACUCUAGAUGAACUGGCUGCUAACUGGCGUCAAGCCAGGCAAAACUGGUCUGCUACAAUUCCUCCUUUUUUUAAGUUAUUUGAUGGAAGACUAAUCUAAUUUAUGACUUAAGACUAUUGCAACAAUGCAGAAGAGGGUACAUCAUACAGGGGCUGAUUUUCAAGGACAAUCAUGGGAUUUUUUGUUGUUUGGCUUUUUUUUGUUGAUUUUUUUGUUUGUUUAUUUUGGUUUGGUUUUGUUCUGGUGGGGUUUGGGGGGUGGUGUUUGUUUUGCUUUGUUCCUUGUUUGGGGUUUGGUUUUUGUUUUUGUUUUUUUAAUUGCCAGAGAUCAACAUCCUCUCUUGCAGCUUCUCCUUCUGAGACCUGGGUCUCCUGUAAUGAUCCAAAGGUCACAGGGCAGUGUAAUAUGGGAAUACAAUUCAAGGUACUCGGCACAUGAGUGAAUUUACUGCAUAUUAAAAGAAGAUUGUCAAGGCAACAGACAGUGACUUUUUACCAUAAAUAAUGAACCUUGUACAGGUGUGAUGAGGAACGCAAGGUAAACGUGGAUUCAAGGGGUAAACACUGCUACUGUUCUACUGCUAAUGUUGGAGUUGUAUUACUAGGGUGUUUAUGGAAUUUCCAAGCAAUAGUUUGACUGCCAGCCCAGGAGGGCUACCAAGGAGGUGUUCUGGUUUUUAAGGAUCUGCACGUGGAAAAGGAAGGUCAGAACUUUCUCUGCUUCAUCAGAUUUCUUGUUUCUGGGGGGAUUCAAUAGCUCUUAUUUGUUCUGAGAAGGAUAUAAGUAUGUGUCAGAACUUUUCUAAAUGAGUUACAGACACUGGUUUCUUUAAAAGGAAAGAGGCAUAUUUUGCACAGACAUAGUUACUGAAGUCAUAAUUUGCCACUCUUUAAAGAAUACACUGGGCCUGGCCAGAUAUUUGUCUUCUUAAGCAGUUGAACUUACCUGAUAACAGAUCAUGUGGAUUCAUCAUCCCUCCUUUGGGAGGGAGGAAGACACAGAGAGAGAUGGCACUUCUUAAAAUGUGGAAUAUCUUCAACGCAGACUCGCUCACAGAUCUUAAGUUAUUGUGAAAGUUUAGCUAUUCGUUGUUCCAAUAUCCCUGCUAGAUUUUGUAUAAUUCUGUAUUAAUAUGCAGGCAGAUUCCACCCCAUGAGAAAGACCAUCACAGCUUCAUUUGUAUGUAUUGAUACUGUGGAUUCUUGCCAGUGCUGGCUCUUGUAUUUACUUUAAGCACUGAUCACUUCUGAUUCAUUUGGUAUGUUUUUCCUCUUUCUUGUAUAUGUUCUACUACAAAAUGUAUUAAGAUACUACCAGCUAGGUGAAUGUUUUUGUCUAUGGUACAAACAGUGGCAAAUAUUGGUAGUAAUGGCACAGCAAACACUACGUAAAAAAAAAAAAGAAAAACCAAAACACCAAACCCUAAACUAUAACAGGGGGGAAAAAAGCCACUCCAACUUAAAACAAACAAACAAAAAAAAAAAAAAAAGGGAGCCCUAUUCACAGACAGAAAGCCAAUUUUUAUUUCAUUUGCACUUUUGGAAGUGAUUUUUUCAGUUCAAUUUUCAUUGGACAAAAUGUUGUAGAUCAAAAUAUUUACACCUUGUGGUUUCCAUUCAGUUCAGCACCUGAUUUUCUCUUUUUGUUACUCUAAAUGUGUGGAGGCACUGGCAGCUGUUGCACUGUGUAUGUCAAAGAAAUCCAGUGGAAAAAGCUGUGUACCGCUGGCCUUGGUGAACAAAGUGUGCUUGUGGAUCCCUGGCAAGAAGAAGGAAGGGUCCAGGGACAGGCAGCAGAGAGAGUCAAUGACAUGCCUGCGUCAUCGUUUUUCAUUCUGGAAAACAAUUGUGUUGCUACUUGCCAAGCUAUGCAGCCUGUUGUUUUAGGAGCCUUCUCGAAGCUACGCCCGCUGGAAGUCCUCUUGCAUUAGGAAGCCCACUGGACCUCCCUGCUGGAUUUUUUUGUUGCUGUUGUUUCUUAUUUUUGUUGUUGUAGAGAAGAUUAAUAAUAACCACUAAAAUGCCUAAAUACUUCCUUAAAUCAAACAAUGUUAGCAACAAUGUGGUACAUUUCACUAAAAUCCACCCCACAAACACACAGCUAUGCUCUUGUAGCAAGAUGCAGUUGUUCCUAAGCAGAGUGUUUCCUUGCUGACAGAAGGGACAGAUUUGGGGAAGGGGAAAGAAAAAGUUUUUUAAAAAAAAAAAAAAAAGAGAGAAGUUUCACAUCAGGGCCUAUUAUUACUUCUAUUUUGAAUAUUUAUACUGCUGCUCCAAUGGAGCCAGUUGGAUCUAUUUCUACGAAAUAGCCAUUACCUAACCCGUGGCACAAAAACUGCAUGAGUAUUUUUUAGAAACUUUUCCUAUUGGUGUGCAUUAAAUACUGUAGUAUAUCAUAGCUUUGCAUUGUGUGUAAAACCUGAAAUACCUUGUUUUGACACUUGUGUGUUGUGCAAGAAUGUUCUGCAAGUUGUUUAUUCUAAGCAGAAGCAAAAGGAACAUUGAACUGCCAUUAUUUGUGCCAUAUAUGAAUUGAUAAGCACUUCCUAUAUUGACAGUUUCAGUGAUGCGUGCUUACAAUUUGCAACCAAAUCAACCAGUGCAGACCUGGUUUGGAACAGGAUAGACCAAAUGAAUGUGCGUUCUUAUUUUUAUCUCCAAAAGAGAGUGUCUCUCAAGUUUGUUAGCAUAAUCUAAGCCUGUCAAAAAGUCCCCAAAGCAAAAAACUUGACCAGUGUUUAGCAUCCUUCCUGUAUGACAAAACUCAGAUAGACAGUUACAUUCAAAUGCAGUGCAUAUUAACAGCUUUACGCUAUUGAGCCAAGCAGAGAACUGAGUCUGAGAGGUUCUCUUCUCUCGAUAUUAGAUUCUGGAACCUGCUGCCUAUGCAUGGGGGGACAGCCAGCACCCAGCUUCGGCUUCCCAGCGAGCAGCUCUGCAGUGCCUGUUGCUGCCCAAGCUGCGGGCCUUCGUUGGCAUGCGGGGCCACAGGAGCCCAUCGAGGGCAGCUGCCCCUGCCCUGCACAGGCAACUGGGCUGACAGAGCCCCUGAAGGUGUGGGGUGGGACGGGGCCGUGGUGUGGUGGGACUGGGGCCAUGGGUGUUUGGGGGUGACUGGGUGCAGGGAAGGAGGGAGCUGAGGCACAAAGGGGCUGUGGAGAGGCCCAGGGUUUGGGGGGCUAGGGGAAACCAGGGGUGAAGACAGGUUGGGUUGGGGUUUUUGAGUGUGGCUGUGAUUCAUUUGCAUUUUUAUUCUUCUGAAAGCAAGGGUCACCUUCAUGUCUGAGGUUUCUCUGGACUUUGGACCAGUUGACUGUUUUUCUUUCCAUUCCUAGCUGUUUCAGGUGAUUCAUAAUGAGUAUUUCAAAUGGAGAUUAAAGAGCCCUUUCCUCAGCGGAGAGCCCUUCGCUGUGGCUCUGACUUUGACCUGAUUUAAAUAUGUGAUCCCUUGCUAGUUUCAACUGUGCUCGACGUGUGGAUGGCCUUCCUUUGACAGCGGUUCAGAGGCAGAACGAUAAGAUAUGAUACGAUACGAGGAGGUGUUAAGACAUGCUGGAAAAAUUGCUUUUGUCCCUACCAAAGGUGAAUUUCAUCCUUGCCUUUUUUUCUUUUUCUUUUUUUUUUCCCCUUUUUUUUUUUUUUUUUUAAAAUGUACUGCACUUUUUGGUAGAUUAUUUCUGCUAUAGGAACACCAGCCUAAAAUGGGUGCAUGAGAGAUUUUCACUGGUAUAAUUUGGGGUUUUUCCUGUGAUCCCACUUGCCUGCCUUGUUUUCAGCUUUGUGUGCUCAGCUGAGGACAUUGAAAUCAAUUGGUUAGCAUGUUUUGGAUUUGUGACAUUAGUGCUUGCGAAAACAAAUGCUCAUUCUUAACAUUCAGAUAGAUGCGUGACUGGCUUUUUUCUUGACAAACCAAAUCAGGUAGAACAGCAAUCUAUUUUUAGAAAAACAACAUUCAGUGUAGGUGGAGCAGCCUGAGGGUAAUAUUUAAUAUCCUGCUGUCAGAGCAGGAAUUUUUAUAUGCCUUUUCCAAAUAACCAUAUUAAUACUUGUAAGAUAAAAUGUAGAUUGAAUAUACUUUUUAGAAAACCAUACCUUUCUGCUGAUUGACAAAUGUUUCUUAUAUCAGGAUUUUUUGGAAGCCCUAAUCCUUUCAGAUAAAGCUCACAGAGAUGCAACGGUGUAAGGUUUAUUUAUUUCCAAGUUGCACCACUGGAGCUUUAAACUUAUUUAAAUAUAUACUUUAAAAAUCAAUCUCAGUGGACCAUGCUUAGCUAGACUUAAAUAUGCCCUGUAUUCAUGAAUUUUCAUUUGAUCAGUAGCCACUGUAAGUUAGUCUAAAAUAGACUUAAAGCCUGGUAAGAAUGUCCAUAUUAGGUUUGUACAACUUUAACUGAAUCAGUUUAAAGCCAUGCUUUUAAGGAAAGCAGCAGAAGUUUGAAUAUUUGGAAGACUUCAGCCACUUCACUUCAAAUUUAAGGAGCUACAGAGUUUGAGUAUGCUGAAUGGGUGUACCAAGUAUAAUGCAAGGCUUAAAGUCGAAGAGAGUUUUCAGUAUUCACUGACUUGAGUGGAAGUUGACUUCUAUUGAAAUCAACGGCAAAACCUCAAUGAUUGUUUUGUAGGGUCAGUGUACAUGUUUGCAGCAGUAAGUCCUGAAAAGGACUGUUGCACUUUGUUUUUUAAAGAUGAAUGAACCUUUUAUUUUCUUAUCCAAAUAGAUAAAUGAAUAACUUAAUACAACUAGGCACCUUUAAGGGAAUUUACAUGGAUAUUCUGUUAGCACUUAGUGGCCUCAAAUCUGAAGCGUAUUUCAUAAACGCAUCUACUCCCACCCAAACUGCUCUGACUUGUUUGGCUGAAUCUUCAGAAUCAAUCUCAAGUGUGGACAAAUCCAUGCCUUUUGGAAAAGUUUUCUUUAUUCACAGGAAAGCAGUGGCGGAGUAAAUGGCAAUUUGUUUCAUUGUGCACCAGGGGAUAUAAUUUGGCUGUGAAAUUUGUUGUUCACCGCCCUGAAACAGCCCAAGAUCUAGGCCAAGUUAUCCAAGUUUGGGCAGAAGCAUCUAAUUUCAGGAAAACUUCUAAAAAAGCACAAUUUAUUUAAAGCAGCAGAUUUUGUAAAGUAUUUAUAUAGUUAAAAUUACUUUAUCAUGAUAUACUGUAGGUAGUUUUUUAUUUUAUUUUACUUUUUCUAAUAGCCUUGCAGAACAAGUUUUAAACCUUCUACACUAAAACAACCUGACAGAAAUCUUGUCAGUGUAAUCUUCAUCUGCCAGGUAGGAUUUGAAUGGUGCUAAAAGUCAACAUGAUAAUUUUACAGCAACAAUUUAACAUAACCUUUUUAUUGCUAGUUGAGGGAAAACAAAACAUUGCAUGCCUGAACCUAUGAGGGCUGUUGUACUUGAUUACAGAUCUGCUCAAACGUUGAGCAUUUGCCUCUGAGGUUUUCCAUCAGCAUGCCUGACAAGUGAAGCAAGGAGUUUGGACUCCCAGAGGAGUAGUUGCUGUUGCUGGACAUUUUGUCUAUCUCAUGCAGUAAUGAAAGGAGGGGGCUGCUAGUACACACCACACCUUGGCUACUGGUUACUGCCUGCUAGAUUGGAAAGAUACUUGCUUCUUUAUUGUGAUAGAAACACAGAUUUCCCUUAGGACCAAGUCUUACUAAUUCUGGUCAGUGUUGUCUCCUGGCUGAUAGGUGCUGGAGUAGUUGAGGAAACAAGGUCUCUGUUCACUUCGUGAACAUAGACACAAACAUUUGGUUGUGGAAGGAGUUACCUGCAGAAACGUUUUGUGGAGUGAAGAGGCCUGUAGCAAAAGCAAGUUUUAGUAAUCAUAGGGAUAUGUAACUCUGCCAUUAGGCAUGAAAAAUAAAGACCUCUGCACUUGUGCAGUGAGAUUUACAUACAACUAGUGGGGUCAUUUCAGGAAAGCAGUCCCCUGGAUAGCAAACCACCACAUCUCUGAAGGAGACCUGCUGAAAUAAUUCCUGACAAAAAGCGAUACCAUCUGUGCACAGGUGCAUGGCUACCAUACGAUCACUGUCAUUUACUGAGUGUUGGAGUUUCAAAGUUUUAAAAGGGAAAUAACCAUGGGGUGGCAGGAGCACCAGUGUCUUUCAUGUCCUCUGGGAUAUGUCUCUGUUCUGGGCAGCCUCUGGUUCCUGAGAAGGCUGGGCCUCAGGCAGCUCUCAUCCCAGGUGGCAUAGCUGUGCCCACUGUCCAGCAGCGCGCUGUGGGAGAGGCUGUCCCGGCAGCCGCAGACCAUGCUGCCCUCAGCCGGCACCGUGCAGCUGGGACAUACUUCUGAGCUCAGCUCUCACAGGGUCUCAGGGCCGCCCAAAGUGCUGCUCCCGAGGGGGGGGGGGGGGGUGCAUGCUGCCUGCCAUUCCUGGGUAAUACCCACCCCAGCGCAAGGGGAUGAGAGCAAUUGCACCUCUUCCCUGGCCUGAUUCAAGUCCUGGCAUCCUUGGGCAGACUGUGCUCAGGCAGGCUCCUAAGUUGCAAGUCCGGAAGGUACCAGAGCCCUUGUUCAACACGAAGCACAUGCCUUGUCAUGCAGAGGUCUGUGUAUUGAAAGCUAAGCACGUGCUUAAGUGUUUUGCUGAGAAAAUUGGUUCAGUGAAUCCAGAUCUUUGGCAUCAGCAGGGUUCAUUUAAGUGCCCAACAAAAGCAGCACGUGCAGUCUAAGAGUGGGAGCAACUGCAGCAAAAUGUUCCCAUUGGGAGGCCAGAAUAAGCCUUACUUAUAUGUAAGUAUAGGAGGACUUCUGAUAGAGAUGAGAUAUGCAGACCCUGUAUAAAUGUUGGGACAUGCCGUGAAAUCUUUUUGAAAAGCAGACAUCCCUGUACACCCAACAGCCACCUGAUUGUUUCCUUAGGAUUUUAUCUUGCUCCUUGUGUUGCAAGGAUUCAGGAUUUUGCUUCCACUUUCUAUCUCAUAAGCUGAAACCCUCUGGCUUUGAAGGCUGACCCACGUCCUCAACACAGAAUUCAUGUGCUGGGCUAGCAGAGAUAGGAUGUAGAUUUGAUCCAGUAAAUUUAUGGGAGAAAAUGCAAGGAGGUCUUUGCUUGGCACACCAAUCUCAAAAACAACCUGACUCCAAAACAGUGUAGGCCUACUGUCUGCCUUUAAAAUGCCCCAAACCAUUGGAAUAGCCAGUUGUUACACAGUACCUGGGAAGACUUUUCAUAGGAUGUCUUUUCAAAGACCCUUCAAAUGGGAAAUUUGCACGUAAGAGGAUACUUUGUAUCUUAAGUGGCCUCAAAAUGAAUGAAAUGGAUGCAACCCUGCUCAGUUCCGGUUAUGCAAAGACAUUAUGCAAUGAACAUAAUUGAUCUGAUUAAGUGAUUAUACAUCUGACCUGGGCCUUUCACAGUUUAGGAAGCUAGACUAUACUAUACGAUACUACUUUUACUGAGGGACUCAGUCAUAAGUUCAUUGGCAGAUUUUUGGGAUUACUUUUUAAAAAUGUAUGAAUGUAGAUUUAUAUUCAAGCAGCAUAUAUAUACACACACACUUUACCUAGUAUGUCCACUGCUGUUAAAAUAAAGCUCUGUAGUAACCAGCUGCCAUCUGCAUAGGAAUAAAGCUCUAUAAUGGCAACUGCCAAGAUGCUAAGUGUAUCGGUAUUUAAGAUAGUCUUACACACAUCUAUUUAUAAAUGCAAGAGAUGGUUACUAGUUUUUAUUUGUUUCCAUGUUGUAUCAACAAGGUAUGGUGAGUGGUGCAUGGCAGUUGCAGAUCUACAAUAUAGCAGGUCGAAAGCUUAAACAGCGUAUCUUUGUACAUUUAAUAAUAUUUCUAUUUGUAAUUAUGGUUAGUCAUUUGAAAUUCCAGUUGCAUUUUCUAUGUUUUUCAAAGACAGCUUUGAAAAAGAAAAAAGAGCAUGCGCAAGACAUUGAGGAGGUCAGGAAAUUCUGCACUGAAGUAUUUAUACAUCUUAUUUAUUUAUUUAUCAAACACUAAGAGCUGAGCCUCUGGUUCAAGAAAACCCUGUGCCGGCAGAAGAUUUAGGGACCUAAUUUCAGUACCCACCUGAAGCUAAGCGCAGGUUUUCCUGAAUCACGGACCAAGCAGACUAAGCCAUUAAAAGCAUCAUAUUAUCCUUUUGAGUGGCCACAAAAAGUGGCGAGACCUUUGUGGAUGCUUCUUCUAACUUACACUAGUAGAGAUGCUGAGGAACGCUGAGACACCCAAAGAUGCUUCUGCAAUGCUCACCUCUUGAUCCGUAAGGGUAGAAAUAUAUAAAUAGAAAAUACUGGUUGUGCUCUAAUGUUUGUAACAUCACUGUCACGAGGUACCACUUGCAAUAAUUAGAGUUCACAUUUCAUAAGAUACCAAUGAGUAGAUUUUUUUAAAAUUAUCUUUAGUAAUCUUCUUUUAGUAAGGAAGUAAUCUUCUUCUGUCUAGUUUUCCCCAGCUCCCUUUAACACUAAAUGGCUCUGGUUAAAUGUGAAAAUCUCUCUUUAAAACAGAUGGCAUGUGCUAGCAAAUGCUUGGGUGAAGCUGACAUUUAUUGUCCCAGCUUUAUGACAAUUUUACAUUUACAGUAGGCAAGGAUCUCCACUUUGAAAUCCUGCAGUAAAAAUGGUUCCACCACUUGCAAAUGCAGUACUUCCCUAUUCCCACCGCGUUGUUUUGGUUUCAGGUAGGUCAGUAGAUCUCCAUUGUAGAAGAAUGUAUCACAUCAUUGCUAUCGGUGUGAAUCACAGUAGGGCUUGUUGUUGGGAAAUAUAAGAGCAAUGAUGGAGUCAUUUUACAGACAGUGUAUUGGGGGGAAGAAAUCUGGAAGUCUGUAUUUCAUCAGCUCUUAAAGACUUGAGGGUUUUUCAGAUGAGAAAAGAAAAAAUUGGAAGAUAAAGGCUGAUUGCAUAAAGUAUUGCAUCAGUCUUUCAUAAAUGUUUGCAUAAUGUUCAAGAUUUGCAUAAAGUGAGCUUCCACAUUCUGUCAAGCACAGAGCUCAGCUGAGUCAUUCAUUCUAGAUGCUCAGAAACAAUCCUUUUCUUUCAGUAAUUGUCACUGGUGGGUCAAAACCUGACGGUAACAUACAUCUCUGUAUCUCAGAAUUGUUUUGUGAAAUUGCACAAUGCUUAGGUCAAACGGGCAAGCACAGAACUUGAACUACAAGUUCUUGAAAGAAGCCAAAGCAAGAUGUUUGUGGAAUGACUUUGUUCUUAAGGAUUUUUUUUUAAAUGGAUGACAGAAGCAAAGGGCACAAGGCAUGGUUCUGUAAUUAUGCAGCACCUGUGGAGAGCAAGUGCAAACAAGGGUAAUAGGGCAUUGCAAAAAGCUGGUUAUUGCGUAAUUAGGAUACUGGCAAGUUUUGCAGGGGCUGCAUUUAUGUGGAGGUUUGCCUGAAUACUAUUUGAUCUUUACAGCUCUUGCCCUUCUGACGAAAGGUAUUUCUUCCUGGUGAGACAUACUGCAUCCCUUUAUCAGGGAGAGGGGGAGAGAGAGGGAGAGAUAUGCCAAAGACAGUGUCUCUGACUUGGUUCUUAUCCUAGCUUCGCAAGUAUGUGUUUUAUCUGUUAUGUAAAUGAUAGCAAAAGCAUGCUAGUAGCAAUCUGCAUAGCUGAGAGAUGAGCUGGUAGGCAGUGAACUUUGCCAUGCAUUGAAGAUUUAGGGACAAACUCUACUUAAUGUUCCCCCGACUAAUAGUUUGACUUCACUGUCUGUUCCUGUAAAGCUGAGAAUUGUUACUAGGUCCUUAAUGCAGGCAGUAUUUGUAAGAGAUGACUGAAGGAAUGAUAGAUUAUGUUCCUCCUCAGAUGGAAUGCUUGUUUUCAACACUGAAACCAGACUAGGAAGAUGUUUGUUCGAGUUUGGGGGAUUUGGGGUUUUUUUUUUUUUGCUGUCUGCCAAAGUACCGUGCAAUCUGAAAUCCCUUGGUACAGUUUGGCAAUGGUUCAGGUGUUCCUGUUGCUAGCGCAUCUGUCAGAGCUUCAGCCAACGGGGACAUGCAGGAGGGCAGGACUGGUGCUUCUUUUCAGUCUGUGGUUCAUCUGGUCACAGACAUGGGUGUGUGGCGAGCAGCCCCGCAGGGUGAAGUUCACUUCUGCCUGCAACCCCGGCACAAGCGUGGCAAUGCAGAUUCAUACACUGGUAAAUCAGGAUUUCACUAGAACAAAACGGUUAGCAGAUUGACCCGUUAAUCCUCAGGUAUGUUGCACAAGUUUCAGGGUCCCCUGCCCUCCCCCACACCUCCUCAUCCUCCUCCUCCCCUGGCUUAUCUAGCAUUUUUUUGGACCAGGCUUUCAUUAGCUCAGCACUUUUGAUAGCUCCCAUUUAUGCACAAAGAAACAUGGCUGAAUUCUCAGAAGUGCUGGGCCCCUGCUCGCCACUGAAGGGCAACGGGUGUUGUUGGGCACAGGGUCUCUUGAGAAACUUCCCUUCGUUUUCUUUUUCUUGCAAGGGCUUUGCCCACCAGUGCCCCUGCGGUUGGGGUGAGUUUGCAGGUAUGUACCUGUAAGAGAACAAGUCAGCUGGUGCAAGGGCAGCUGGUUUCUUUGCACAUGGGGGGCUCUUUUAGCUCCUUCCAGCCUUUUGCAAAGCCAAGCCCAAACCGCUGUAUUUACAUGGCACUGUCCCUGACCUAAUAAGCAAUGUCAGAGCCAGUCUAGGUCUGCACCCUGUAGUCAGCUUUGCACCACCAAGGCAUGCAGGGAGAGCCCCAGUGCCAGCGAUUGGGGGGUGGCUUGGUGUGGUCAAGUCACCUCGUGGCCCAGCAGUUACGCUAUUUAAGAUCUGACAAUUUCGUGGAGCUAUUACGGAAAACUUGGUUUUGUACCAUUACUAAACUCUUAGACUGCUGAAUGCAAUCCCUACUAUGGCUUGUUCUAAAACAGACCCUGAUGAAACCAUGCGGAUUUCUUUGAACUGUGUGCGUGAUGAGUUUUCUACUUUAUGGUGCAGUCACAGCAUCAAAGCUGCAGGAAGCAUAGCAAUAAAAGUGACUGAUACGAGUACCUUUUGAUUUGGGAUCAAAUGACACCGUCUGGGUUCCUUUUCACUGAGUGGGAAGAUUCUGUGAUGCUUCUAACCAUAAGGAAGAAAAUGUAGGUUGAACUGAGUGCAAAUGCACAUAUAAUGUAUGUUCAUUUACAUUUACAGCCAGCCAGAAAACAAAAUAAUCAGUGGUUUCUAGUAAUAUGAUUCUACUCAAAGUAGCUUUUUAUUAAGUCAGCUUAGAAGUGUUAAAAUGGUGGAGCCACAGACAAAACAUUUGUUACCUUUUGAAAUUAUUUACAAUGGUUUUGUCGUACUUGUACAAGUAUUAUAAGGUCGGUCUUUCUGUAUGUUUGUUUUACAACGUGUUGUAGAAUAGUCUUCUAUGCAUAGCUGUUCCACUUGCCUGUGUAAGUUACAAAUUUAACAGAAAUUAAAGCAUGCAUUUUUCUCUGUUUGCUGGUAACCUAUGAAAUUAGAAACCUGUAUUUCUGUGUUUUUAAUGUGUUAUAGUAUAAACAAAAUUCACAGCACUAUUGUCUAUGGAAUAUCAAAAAGUUUUAUUAGAAUGUUUUGUCAUUUGAUUUAAUAAUGUGUCAGACAUCUACACUAAGACAAUAUAAUGUUUAUCAAUAAAAAUAUCCUCUCUUUGUACUAACUUAACACUUCAGGGUGUGCUUGGAUGUAGGAGUAGAGCACCCCUGUGGGUCACAAUCCCAACGAUUUAUUUAUUUCUGGCAUAAUUCUAAGAAUACUUUGUGCCAUUUGUUUGACCUCAGCAUUGAAUUUAGGGAAUGAAGGAAGAAGAAAAGAGAGGUUUUAUACUUUGUAUUUCCUCUGCCACUUGAUGUGCAUUUGCUGUAAAGGUGCGUUCACCACAGUAGUUCAUGUAGAAGUCGGCCAGCUUGUGUGACCUGUACAUGUCAAGAGUCCAUACAGAAACAAACGCUGAGGAAAUUUUAUUUGCUAUUUUAUAAUGAGUC